AAUUGAAUCAUUGUGGAAAUGAACCCACACUACUUGGCAUAUUUGUCAUCUCCAUCGUCAAAAAAAAACCAGCCUCGCCAUCACCAAAUUUUCUUUCUCUUUUAGGAUAAGGGAUGAGAGAUGAUAUGAAUAUAAAGGAGGAGCGAAAAAAGAUGAGAGAGAGAGGUAGAGAGAGAGAGAGAGAGGAGUAGGAGGCAGACGACGAGCACGGGCAACAUGGCCAACAUGGAAUCGAAAGAAUGCAAGAUCCAAAGGAAGAAGCCAAUAGAGAGGUCAUGAGCCAACAAACCAGAGGCAGUGGGAACAGGGGAUACAGAGGAACCAGAGGAUGCAAAAACUGGGAUUAUAUGAUAAGGGCUUGUGCAAACAAGCCAUUCCUUAUUUCUUCACCAACUUCCCUGAAGAAUGGAGCUACGCAGACAUGUGGAGAACCUUCUUAAAGUUUGGAAGGGUUUACGAUAUCUAUAGUCCAAACAAAAAAAGUAGGAGUGGAGGCAGGUUUGGAUUUGUAAGAUUCCUUAAUGUUAAUGAUAAAAGGGAGCUGGAGAGACAGCUUGAUCAAAUAUGGAUAGGAGAUCAGAAGCUAUGGGUUAAUAUUCCAAGAUAUGAUGAUGAGAAGAAGGAAGAAAAGAAGGGGAGAAAUGAACAAACAAUGGCACCAAAAUUUCAGAGUAGGAGCUAUGUUGAGGUACUGCAAGGACAUGGAGCUAGAACAAAGGAGGGGGUGAGCAAGGAGGAAUUCAAAGUAGAUCAGACGAGAAGGCAUGGAAGAGGCGAGAUCAGAAACAGUGAGGAGUCCGAGCAAUGGGGGGGUAAAAUGGUUUUGUUGGACUGUGAGGAUAAAGAAGAGUUAAAGGAUUUAGUUGAAAUGGCUACAGAUUGGCUUGGACAAUGGUUUCAAGAAGUUCGACCUUGGAUACCAAACUUGGUAGCUCAAGAAAGUGAUUCAGAGGAUCACGAAUCAUGGUCACUGGGUAUUGAUACGGAUGCCAUCGAGGAAGGGUUUGAAAAAACCCAGGAACCAGGUGAAGUGAGCAGCACAGAUGCAGGGAAAGAAGAUGAUGAGGUGGCGAGUGGAAGGGGAAAAAAUAAAAAAAAGUCUCAAUCACAAGAUAGACAAAAUGAAGAGAAGUCAGAUGAAGCAAUUGUUGACAGCCUACUCAAAAUUCAAAAUUCAAAAUUCAAAAGCAGGAGCAGAAAGUAUAGGGAGGCUGGAUGUGACGUAGGAGCAUGGGGAAGAGGCAAGGCGGACAGAGCAUAUCUAGAAGAGGAAGAAAAGGAAAAGCCGCUCUUGCAAAUCACUGUACUCCAACGCUGCAGAUGCUGUUGCGGAAAGCCAGAGAAGGAACUCCCAAGGAAGGAAACAAACUCAAGGAAAGGAAGGAAAGGCAACACCGGCACUCAUCUUGAGACUAAGUUGGAGAAUGUGGAUAGGAGUAUAUGUAGAAGGGUAUGGGGGACAAAUGAUUUUGAUUGGGUAGCGAAGGCAUCAAAUGGAAGGUCAGGAGGGUUGCUCUGUGUUUGGAACUCAAAAGUGUUCAGAAAGAAAGGGGUAGUAGAAGGGGAAAAUUAUUUGGGAGUAUGCAGGUUGUGGGGAGAGGAAGACACUUUAGUUUACAUAAUUAAUAUUUGCUCUCCAUGCUUGCUGAUGGGUAAAAGAGCAUUAUGGGAAGAAUUACAGAGGUUAAUCGCUAGCAAAGGGGGGAAGUGGUGUUUAGCAGGGGAUUUCAAUGCAGUGAGAAAAGUAGAACGAGCAGGGAGCAGGGAAAUAACCAGGGAAAUGAGGGAAUUUGAUGAUUUUAUACAAAAUACAGGCCUAAUAGAUUUACCUUUGGCGAGAAGGAAAUAUAAUUGGUAUAACUCCAAUGGGCAAUACAUGAGCAGAAUUGACAGAUUCUUGAUGUCGGAGGAAUGGAUCUUGAAUUGGAGUGAUGUGAAACAAGGGGGUUUAAGCAGAUCAGUAUCGGAUCACUGCCCUAUCCUGUUGAAAAAUGAGAGCAUAGAAUGGGGUCCAAAACCAUUUAAAUUCUUCAAUGCUUGGCUGGAUCAACCGGGAUGCAAGGAGAUUAUCACAGAAGUGUGGAAUACUACCAAGGUAACAGGGUGGAAUGGGUACAUACUAAAGGAGAAGUUGAAAAGAACUAAGAAUAAGCUAAAGGAGUGGAGCAGAAACGCCAUAUCAGAAGUGGACAGAAAGGUUAAAGAAGCUGAAAAGGAGAUAGCCACAAUUGAUGAAAAAGGAGAAAAGGGCCAGCUCUCUCCACAAGACGUUGAACAAAGAAAAAAUUGCUUUCUAGAAUUGUGGAAGAACAUAAAAAUCAAAGAAAGCAUGUGGCAACAAAAAUCAAGAAAAAUGUGGCUAAAAGAAGGGGACGCGAAUACAAAGUAUUUUCAUACAUGUGUGAAAGGACGAUGUAGAAGGAAUGAAAUUCUUAGUAUUCACAUCAAAGGUGACCAGCAUACAGGGGUGGCAGAAAUAAAGGAAAAGGUGGCCAAAUAUUUUGAGGAAUUAUUUACAGAAGAGAAAUGGGAGAGACCAAAGCUAGAUGGCAUCAGAUUCAACAAGAUAUCUGAAGCUAACAAUGACAUCCUAACAACAACCUUCUCUGAAGAAGAAAUUAAGGAAGCAAUAUGGGAAUGUGAAUCUUCAAAAUCCCCAGGCCCAGAUGGAUUCAAUUUCAGAUUUGUGAAGGCUAUGUGGGAAGAUAUUAAAGCUGAUAUUGUUGGGUUUGUGCAGGAGUUCCAUAAGCCCAUCUCACUCAUUGGGGUAAUGUACAAGAUCCUAGCAAAGCUGCUUGCAAAUAGACUGAGGAAGGUGAUUCAUAAGGUGAUUGGGGAGCAGCAGAUGGCUUUUAUUCGAGGAAGACAACUAGCAGAAGGGGUAGUGAUUGCAAAUGAGGUGAUUGACGAGGCCAAAAGGAACAAGAAGAAAUCUUUCCUCUUUAAAGUUAACUUCGAAAAAGCGUACGAUAAGGUAUGCUGGGGAUUCAUAAAUUAUAUGAUGCUAAGAAUGGGUUUUUGUGAAACUUGGAGAAGGUGGAUACAAGAAUGCCUCCGAUCGAGCUCGGUAUCAAUUAUAGUUAAUGGAAGCCCGACAAGACAGUUCACGGUCACUAAAGGUAUACGCCAAGGGGAUUCUUUAUCCCCAUUUCUAUUCCUCAUUGUGGCUGAAGGGUUGAAUGGGAUGGUGACUGCAGCUAUUGAAAAGAAGUUGUAUAAGGGUGUAACGAUGGGCAGUGGAGAGGUUAUGGUUUCACACCUACAAUUUGCAGAUGACAUUAUCUUUUUCGGGGAGGCAACUGAAGAAAACAUCUGGGCUAUCAAAUGUAUAGUGAGGUCCUUUGAGCUGGUUUCAGGACUAAAAAUCAAUUAUACGAGUCAGCUUAUGGGUGUUAAUUUGGAGGAAGGAUGGAAAGAAAAAAUGGCAUGUAGACUAUAUUGUAAAGGUGAGGAUCUCCCUUUUAAAUACCUCGGGAUCCCCAUCGGGGGGAAUCACAGAAAAAUAGCAAUGUGGCAACCAUUGGUAGAAUCUGUGAAAAGCAAACUAGCUCCAUGGAAAGGCCGUCAUCUCUCCUUUAGGGGUCGCAUCACGCUCAUUAAUUCUGUGUUGUCCAGCUUGCCCAUGUUUUUGAUGUCAGUUUACCUACUGCCUAAAGGUAUUCUUUACUCUAUUGAUAAAAUUCGCAAAAGCUUUUUAUGGGGAGGGGAGGGAGAGGGUAAAAAAAUUAAUUGGGUUAAAUGGGAUAAGGUCUGUAAAAGCAUGGUUUAAGUACCAUUUUGGUCCCUCAACUUUACACUUUGGUACCAAAAUUGUCCCUCACCUUUAAAAAGUAUCAAAAUUAUCCUUGAACUUUCAUUUUUGGUACUAAAAUGGUCCUUCCGUCAGUUAAAUGACAGGUGUCACGUUAACUUGCCAGCAAAUCAUUUGACUUUUUGCUUAACUAAUGACAUGGAAAAGAAAAACACAGUUGGCCA